GUGGUGGUCCGGAGACUUCAGCCAUGUCCGCACAGUUGCUGGUCGUCGCGCUCGCCGUCGCCUCCUUGUGUGGCGCGGCCGAACCGGACUGCGAGGAACUGGUCAAACCCCUGCAGGUGGACACGCACAGCCCUAUUUUCGGGAAAUGGGUUCUCCACGUGGGCACGUGGGACGACCCGGGCCUGAGGAACGACCUGGUGGCGGCGAACAGUUCGUGGAUCGAGCUGUCAUCGUCCUCGAAGAGCGGCACCGUCUCCCUCUACUGGGCCGACCGUCUGAACGACAACAAAUGUCUUCAGGGGUCAGCUGAUGUCACCGUCUCCGGAAUGACCAGCCACUUCACCUUCACCAUCAACAACCACACUUCGUAUCACGACGGCAAAUACUACGCCACCUGCCCCGACUGCCUCCUGUCCGAAGACACGACGCUCCUGCCGGACGGCAAAUCCAAGGGCCGCUACCUUUUCCUCUUCACUCGAAGCGGCAAGCUGGAGCCGUCCGAAUUGGAGACCUUCAAGAAACAGGCCACGUGCCUCGGGUUCCUCCAAGAGUACCACUUUCUCGACUCAGAUUUGUGUCCAGACGACAGAAAGAUUGCUGCACCCGAUGAGGGGGAGGAGCCUGCUGAGUCUGCAGACUAAAACGGGGGACGUAGGGAGCCCACUGAUCUACAAAAAAAAAAAAAAAAAAAAAAAAAA